GUCGUACUCAAAAUGAUGAUGACUAAUCCCGGUAUACAUAGCAACGAGUUUACCAAAUCGUUCUCACGAAUUCGGUGCUUCAAGAUAUGCACCUCCAGGGUAACUUUCAGCUGGAUCAUCUACGAAUCAAUGCAACGCAGGAGAACUCAGAAGUCAAGAUAUCCCUUUGCCUACAGGGUGCUCCAUACUCCAGUGGUAUCCAUGUCCUUCCAAUCAGCGGCUUCCCGAGGCGUCUGAUAUCCGAGGAUGGCCGCGGCGUGCAUCAAGCUGUCGUCUCUAUGAACAACCGCUCAACAAUUCAGCGACAGCCAAGUUUCAUCAGCACUGAUCCAUCUAACAGGAGCACUACUCCUACAACAUCUACAUCGAUGUCCUUUUCGCCUUCGCGAGGUGAGACGCCGGUCAGCCCGCCUUUUAGUCGAGAUUCGUUCGAGAAAUCGUCCUUGGCACGCAAUGUGAAUGAUUUACCAGAACUUGAGGGCUGAGUGAUCCUCAUAAGGUUUGUAAGACAAUUUGUCCUUUUAGAAAACUAUUGGGAAUAUUGGCUACGAGAGCUUCUCCGGCGGCUAUUUCAUGUAAAAUUUUGUUCGUUCGUUCGUAUAAUAGUCAGUAUUAGUUACAUGCUUAUGAUCUCUUACUCUAUAUCUCUCUUGUAUGUUAGCCAUUCUGUUAGCAGCAUCGUCACAUCCCAGGCUUUAGCCAUCAAUGUCAAGACUCUUUACCUCUAUCCAGGCUUCUAUUAAACCAUUUGGUAGUUCUAUAAUCAAAAAUGGUUGGAAGAAUAAU